UGGUGGGACCGGGGCCGGCUCCCACCGCCUCCUCCGCCUCAACCAGAGCCGUCUGGCUCCCGCCACAGGGUAGGAACCCCGGGGAGACAAGUCCCUUCUUCUCUUGGGGAGGGUGAGCCUCUCGCACUACGGGGCAGCUCCAGUCCCUUGGGAUCUCAGUUUACAGUGUGGGAGGACCUCAGCUGCAUCUUGGCGCUACUCUCUGCUUUCCCAGGACUGUCAAUGGCAGGAUACCAGCUCUGGUCACCAUGGACCCCACUGGACGAGAGCUUCCAAUGGCUGCGGCAUACAACACCUACACCUUCCUCCAAGCACCCCUUUAGGGCCUCCCCCUGCUUCCCACACACCCCUUCUGACCUUGAGGUGCAGCUGUGCUUUCAAGAAGUCACUCUAGUCCUAGACAGCUCAUUCCUGGAAUCUGGAGUGAGCCCCAAGUUACCAUGCCACACAUCAGAGCUCCGAACCAUGAACAACAAGAAAGGACUGGUCAGGAAGCCCCAGCCCGUCCGUCUCAGUGGAGUGGAUUCUGUCUUUGGCAGGGUCAUCACAGCUCAGCCACCAAAGUGGACUGGGACCUUCAGAGUUUCUGACAAGUCAGCCUUUUGCAAAAUCAUUAGCAGGGAGCAUCAGUGGCCCACUGGACUUAAGGAGCCUCAGAUUCAGAUGACAGUGACUAUGUGCAAACAGAUGCUGCGCUCUAUCCUCUUGCUAUACGCAACGUACAAGAAGUGCACCUUUGCCUUGCAACACUCCAAGUAAAGGGUCCUCAUUUGAAUCCCAGUUCUUCACACCAUGUCCUUUGUGCCUUGGUGACACCAAGUAAAAUUAAGUAUAUACCCAUUUCUCUUUAUUGCCAUACUUCCUAUAUACUCACCAAGCAAAAAGCCCAUGAAAAAUCUGCAGUAUCCUCUGAUAGCAGGAAGACAUUAUGUAGUACUCUUGAACUUUCAUUCCUGGUCCAUCAACCACAUCAUGAUUCUCAGAUGCUAAGCACUAAAAAGGAAAAUGAUUCUAGGACA